UCUCUAGGAACGUGAGCUUCCGGCGAGCUCGCUCGCCUCUCUUCCCAAGGCGGCAUGGCGCUGCCUUUCGACUUCGAAGAGUCGGUCUUCGAGGGGCGCUGCCGGGAGGGGAAGGGACGCGGCUCCGCCUCUCCUUCCCUCGGCUACAGCCCCCGGUGCUGUGAGCCCGAGUGGUUUUGUGAGGAAACAGACUGGGAUGAUGAUGCCGAAUGUGUCAACAUUAAAAAAUUCAGAGGAGAUUUGGCAUACAAGCAGCGAGAAUUUAAGAAGGCUCUGUGCGAAUAUUCCAGCUGCCUCGCGCUGCUGCCUCCCAGCAACGCUGCCAUGCGGAGAGAUGUGCUGGAGAGCCAGGCUCGUUGCUUUGCUCACCUGGGGAGACACAAGGAAGCCUUGGAGAUCGCAGAAACGCUGAGACUAGGAGCAACAAACACUGACCACAUAACAACAGUACUAGGGCUGCGGCUUGCCAUUUACCAGACUCUGGAGCGUGUUGAAGAAAUAAUUGGGUGCUUACAGCCGCUGAUUUUGUUACACCCCUUUCACCCAGGGAACUGGAAGCUGCUUGCUGAAGCUUAUGCAUCACUCUUGCAGUUUCCAGCCCCGUUGUCUCUGUCGGAGGCGGAUCUCUUGCAACCCGGUGGCUUGACUGCGGAUAACUGUCUCAGAGCUUCAGCAGAGGAAUCCAGAUCCCAGUGCUGCAAAAAAGACAGCUUGAGGAAGGCUUCCCCUUUGCAGUUUUCUCCCUGGAAAAACAACAGCUUUGGAUCUUGUGAAGAAUGCCAAAAAGAAAAGGGGCGUUUUGGUGCCUUGGGAAGGACAGGGGCAUUGCCUGCGACGAAGACGGCUAUGCCUGAUUCCUCGGGACGAGAAGGGUCUAAAGAUGUUUGGAUAUACGCAUGUGCUUCCUUCAUCAGAGCAAGGCUCUUGCUGCAGCUCAUGCAGUUGAAUCAGUCUUCCUUUGCGUUGGAGCAUAACUUAAAGGCACAGCAGGAAAUUGAAGACCAAGUGGCAUCCUUCGGCGUGAAAGGCGAUGCCUUGUUUUUUAUGACCGAGGUCAUGGGAGAGGACCUUGUCCCAGAAAAGCUCAAGGAGGAUGCUCAGGGAGAGGUGAAAUGCUUAGGUGCUUCAACACUGGCAUCCAUGAUGACUGUGACUGCUGUGGAAUUUGAAAGGAAGUGGUUUCAGAAGCUCAGAGACCACUUGUCGCACUUGGACUGUCACACAUAACACAGUGUUUUGUUUUUCCUGGUUAUCAAGAUGAUUUGUAUGUAAGUACCUAGAGGAUUGUGCUGGCCAGAGAAGAAUCCCACUCCUGAAGCCUGAUUCCAUCUAUCUGAGCCUGGGAUGGUUGCCCUCUUCAGUGUUACAUGAGAGUGGCUUGGCCGGCAUGGGGAAGGUUAUGAACUUGUUUUUGGCAAGGCGAUUGAUGAAUGGCAAGCCAUUUCCCAUGCUGCCGGUUCGUGACCCAUUCACAUUUGUGUCUCCUGGUGCAUGGAUCUGCUCCGUGAAACGAUAACAGAGCAGCACGGGCCUCAAAUAAGGUUUGACAAACUUCCAUCCCAACCACAUUGCCCAUUUGCAAAAGGGAUGUCCAUGUGAGAAAGUAACCCUGGGGGAUCUUGAACAUGGGCCUGUCUUCCAUUUGUCUAUUGCAUGUGCUACGAGCCUCUUCUUAGAGGUUGGUUCUCUGUAAGUAUAACUUGUUGUGAGCAGCUUAAUGUCAUUCCCCAGAUCAGAGCAGGGGGGAAACAACACCUACCGUAUUGGCCUGAAUAUAAGCCUCACUUUCCCCCCAAAUACUGGUCAUGAAAAU